AUUUCACUCACAACAGACACACAUAUAACACCUACAAUAAUAAACCAACAAACCUACACAACUGAAAAUCAAACUUUUUAUAUAUCAAAAAAGAAAAAAAAACAGAGGAAGAAAAAAUUAAAAAUUUUAAAAAUUUGGUUGGAGAAAAAAAAAAAAAAAUAGAUAAUUUAUAAUUUUAAACAACAAAAUAAUUAAUAAAAACUAGAUAAUAUAAAAAUAAUAAAAGCUAGAUAGAAAUAAUAGUAAUAGUAUAGUAUAGAAUGGAGGUUGAGCAAAACUACAGCUCAAAUUUUAUAAUUCAUUUAAAUGAAAACGAAGAUAAUGGAAUCUCAUAUAGAUCUAGAAAAUCCCAACCUAAAUUAGUCAAGCAUUAUAUAUUAGGUGAGGUUUUGGGUGAAGGUGCAUAUGGUAAAGUUAAAGAUGGCAUGGACUCAUUUACACAAAAAAGAGUUGCCGUCAAAAUUUUAAAAAGAGCAAGAUUAAAAAAGAUUCCAGGAGGUGAAGCAUCAGUUUUAAAAGAAAUUAAUAUCACAAAGAAAUUACAUAACAAGCAUGUUAUAAAAUUAAUCGAUCAUUUUAUUAUUGAAGAAAAAGGAAAAUUAUAUAUAGUAUAUGAAUAUGUUGGUGGUGGUACAUUACAGAAUUUAUUAGAAAAUGCACCCAAUGGUAAAUUACCACAACACCAAUCACAAUUUAUUUUUAAGCAAUUAAUUGAAGCAAUCGAAUAUAUUCACACACAAAAGAUUUUACAUAGAGAUAUCAAACCAGACAAUAUACUAUUUACACAUUCAAAUAUAUUAAAACUAAGUGAUUUUGGCGUAUCAGAGGAUUCCUCACAAUUGGAAGAUUUUGAAUGUUUAUCAAGAUCAUAUGGUUCACCAGCUUUUCAACCACCAGAGUUAACACAAUUUCAAACUUCAUUUUCACCAUUUAAAAUCGAUAUUUGGGCAAUGGGUGUAACAUUGUAUUUAAUGACUAUUGGUAAAUUCCCAUUCUCUGGUGUCAAUAUGUAUGUUCUCUUUGAAAAUAUUUCAAAAUGUAAAAUUGAAUUCCCAAACGAUUUAGACAAGGAUUUGGUUAAUUUAAUAAAAGGUAUCUUACAAGUAGAUCAUAUACAAAGAUUUUCAUUAGGUCAAAUUAAAAAUCAUCCAUGGGUUUUAAAAUAUAUACCAGAAACCGAACCAUCAAUUCAAUUAUUGGAAGAAACUAAAUUUUUACCAUUAGAAAUGGCAUAUGGUGAUGAAAGUAAUGACGAUGAAUUGAUUUUUGGUUAUGAAAAUGAUGCAAGUACUAUCGAUUUACAAGACCCAGAAUUUAUUCCAUCCUCAACCUCUGUUAAUGAAAGCUCACAUCACAAUCAUCACUAUAUUACUACAUCCACAAGUAUUCCAUCAAUCCCACCAACUAUCCAAACUGGUCAAACCAUCUAUCAUCAUAAUUUUGUUGGUGGUGUUCAUCCAAUUGAACAAGAUCCUGUACAUAUAAAAAGAAGUUCCAUUGGUACCAAUAUUUCCGAUGCCUCCAUCAUUCGUGAAAACUAUAUUAGUUCUGACAAUGAUGACCUCAACAAUAUCAGAGGAACUUGUGACCUUAGUGACAACGACUAUAUCUCUGACGAUUGCGACGAAAGCUAUCUUCAUCACCAUAGUCAAUUGGCCGGUGAAUAUCCCCAUCAAACCACUGCCAAUGGUAAUGAUUUAAACCCAAAUCGUUCAUCACCCCAACCUCCUUUAAGAAAUUCAAGUAAUAGAAGACCAAAAAUUACCUUUGAAUCUCCAUAUAACAAGUCCAAAUGUAUCAUUAAUUAAACACCAUGUCAAUUUAUUUAUACCCAUAUAUUUAUAAAAAAUUCACAACCCCACAAAUACACAUCAUCAACUAUAUAUUAUAAUAGCAACAAAUAUCAAAUAAUUAUAUUAGAAAUAAUCAUUCACCAACACAUUCGAAAUAGUUUUCAAUUGUAUUGGUUUUUAAUCUAUUUCUUUAGACAAUAGCACCUCUUCGAUUAAAAAGAGUUUAUUUUUAAUUUUUCACAAACCCAAAACAUUUGUGAACAAAUUAUAUUAAUAUUUUUAAGCUAUUUUUUUUUUAUAAAAAUUCUUUCUCUUUUCUUUUUUAUAGAAAGCUGUAAAUAUCUUUUUUUUUUUUUCUAUAAAAAAAAAAAAACUAAAAAAAAACUAAAUAAAAAUUUUAUUUUUUUUGUAUAUAUUAUU